AAAUUUAGAGGUCAAGGGUCCCAUUUCCAUUCCCAUUCCCAUUCCCAUUCCCAUUCCCACCGCCCAUGCUCUCAAGUUUAUUUACCAAAAUCAAUUUCAUGGAACAACAAACCCUUAUUUCACUAUUCUUCCUCCUUCCAAUUCCCUUUUCCCAUUCACCUAACCCAAACCCAAACUUAAUAACAUCAAUUUUCCCAACUCUCUCUCUCUCUCUCUCUCUCUCUCUCUCCCCCCCUUCACCAACAGCAGCAACAGAUAGAAAGCUGAUGAUGUUGAACAGGAAAAACUAGAGAAAUUGUCAUAUGAGAGUGGGGAGAGGAAAGGGAUGCUUUCUUAAUUCAGCUCAAAUCUUUCUCUCUCACUAUUCUACGCUUCCCCUCCAUUUCUUUUCUCAGCUUCCUUAAUCGCCUCUUUCUUCCUCAAUUUCCCCAACAAAACAUAACCUACCAAGCUAUAUUCAUUAUUUUCAAGAAUUUGGAGAACAAGUUUUUAAGUUUUUCUCUACAUUUUUUGCAUUUUAAACAAGCUACAGAAAUUCAAGAAUAAUCCAACUACUGAAAUUUGUGAUGGAUCAGCUAGCUCAUGGCCGCCCUCUCCCACCGCCCUUCCACGCCAGAGAUCUUCAGCUCCACCACCAGUUCCAGCACCACCACCACCUCCAUCAAAACCCGGAAGAUGAGCAAAGUGGGAACACUAAUCCAAAUCGCACCCUAAAGCGAGAUCGCCAAGACGAUUACGGCCUUCCCACCACUACUUCAGCCGCCACAGACACCACUCCCACUUCCCAAGGCAGAGAGCUUGUCCACACUGGGCAGCUUGAUCAAACCGAGGUCACACGCAGACCUCGUGGCCGCCCCGCCGGGUCUAAAAACAAGCCCAAGCCCCCCAUCAUAAUCACUCGAGACAGCGCAAAUGCCCUCAGAUCCCACGUGAUGGAAGUUGCUAAUGGCUGCGACAUUCAAGAGAGUAUAUCAACCUUCGCCACACGGCGGCAGCGAGGCGUUUGCAUCCUGAGUGGCAACGGAACCGUAACGAAUGUAACCCUCCGGCAGCCAGCCGCGCCGGGGGCUGUCGUGACUUUACACGGGAGAUUCGAAAUUCUGUCUCUUUCGGGAUCAUUUCUUCCCCCGCCAGCUCCGCCAGCGGCAUCGGCUCUAACCAUAUACUUGGCAGGCGGGCAAGGGCAGGUGAUGGGAGGGACUGUGGUGGGGCCGCUGCUGGCUUCCGGACCAGUUGUAAUCAUGGCCGCGUCCUUUGGUAAUGCUGCAUACGAGCGACUGCCGCUAGAAGAAGAAGAGACGGCGGUGGGAGGGGUGUCGAGCGGCGGGCAGAUGGGAUCGCCGGGGAUGGUGGGGCAACAAGGUCAGCAACUGAUGAAUGAUCCCAACACAAAUAUGUUUCAAGGGACGAUGCCUCCUCAAAACAUGCUGAAUUCGUGCGGACAGUUACCAGCUGAGGCAUACUGGGGGACAGGCCGCCCACCUUUCUGAUAUAAUAAUUAACGGGAAACCAGGAGGAGGAAAUCCGAAGAACCCUCGACUCGUGGUUAAUUUUCUUCCGACGGAUGACAUGAUUUUCACUAGUUGUUGCAAAUCAUUUUGCAGUAAUUAAUUAAUUCUCCUUCUUGAUUUUCUUCUUAGAGUACGUACGUAGUUGUUGAAUUAUAUAUCUGGAGUUCAUGGUGUCAUCUCUGGUUAAUUAAUAUACAUUAGCGCCGCUUGCAGGCUUUCAUUGAAGAG